CAUAGCCAGAGCACGUAUCGCGAUGGUUUGAGUCUAAAGGGCGUUACCUCCCUGCUAAGUGGUAAUUUCAAGUGCUAACGUCACUUUACAGGACUAUUUUCUGUCUAUAACGUUUGUACACAUCUUUUGCCGUCAACGCUUGUCUUCAGUCAGCCAUGGCUGCUCAGUGUGUGACCAAGGUGGAGCUGAGUGUCAGCUGUAAUAACCUGUUGGAUAAAGACAUUGGCUCCAAGUCUGACCCCCUGUGUGUCCUCUUAAUGAGCAGCUCUGACUCCAAGUGGUACGAGGUGGAACGCACAGAGAAAGUCCAGAAUUGCCUCAGUCCAAAGUUUGCAAAGAAGUUUGUUAUCGAUUACUACUUUGAGAUUGUGCAGAAACUGAAGUUUGGAAUCUAUGAUAUUGACAACAAAACCAUUGAUCUGAGUGAUGAUGACUUCCUGGGGGAACUGGAGUGCACCUUGGGCCAGGUUGUGUCCAGUAAAAAACUGACUCGCCCUCUCAUCUUGAAGAACAAAACUCCUGCAGGAAAAGGGACCAUCACAAUCAGUGCAGAAGAAAUUAAAGACAACAGGGUGGCUAAUUUUGAAGUUGAAGCGAGGAAACUAGACAACAAGGAUUUCUUUGGGAAGUCUGACCCAUACCUGGAAUUCUACAAGCAGACAGAAACUGGAUGGCAGCUGGCACACAGGACUGAGGUGGUGAAGAAUAACUUGAAUCCUACAUGGAGGCCCUUCAGGAUCCCUCUGCAAUCCCUCUGUGGAGGAGACCUUGACAAGCCUAUAAAAGUUGAGUGUUACGACUACGACAACGAUGGAUCACAUGAUCUCAUUGGUACUUUUGAGGCCACAAUGACACGCCUCACAGAAGCGUCUCGGACAUCUCCGGCUGAGUUUGAGUGUGUUAACAGUAAAAAGAAGCAGAAGAAGAAAGGCUACAAGAACUCUGGUGUUGUGAGUGUUAAGCACUGUCAGGUGGUGAAGGAGUACACUUUCCUGGAUUAUAUCAUGGGAGGCUGUCAAAUCAACUUCACGGUUGCAAUCGACUUCACCGGCUCCAAUGGGGAUCCCAGGUCUCCUCAGUCUCUGCAUUACAUCAGUCCUCAGGGAGUUAAUGAGUACCUGUCUGCCAUCUGGUCUGUGGGCAAUGUCAUCCAGGACUAUGACAGUGACAAGAUGUUUCCUGCGUUUGGCUUUGGAGCUCAAAUCCCUCCUACUUGGCAGGUUUCUCACGAGUUUCCUCUAAAUUUCAACCCUUCAAAUCCAUUUUGUGCAGGUGUUGAAGGUAUCGUAGAGGCCUACAGGGUCUGUCUGCCUCAGGUCAAACUCUAUGGACCCACAAACUUCUCCCCCAUCAUCAACCACGUUGCCUGCUUUGCUAAACAAGCCCUGCAGCAGACCACUGCCUCACAAUACUUUGUGCUGCUGAUCAUCACUGAUGGAGUGAUCACUGACAUGGACGAAACUCGCAACGCCAUCGUCAACGCCUCCCGUCUUCCUAUGUCCAUCAUCAUCGUCGGGGUCGGGGACGCAGACUUUAGCGCCAUGGAGUUCCUAGAUGGAGACGAUGGACGUCUUCGCUCCCUGUCUGGAGAGGCGGCUAUGAGAGACAUUGUGCAGUUUGUUCCAUUCAGACAGUUUCAAAAUGCUCCUCAGGAAGCUCUGGCAAAGAGUGUGUUGGCAGAAGUUCCUGCUCAGCUUGUGGAUUUUUUUAAUACAAUGAAGCUGAAACCACCAAACCCCAACAAUCCUGCUGCACAGCCUGCAGGGAACAUCUGAAUUUGACUCAGACUCAUUAUUGUCUCUUGCAGAUAUAAGGUACACACACAGCCUCAUCUCACAGUCAGAAAAAUAUGCAACAAAAUUUUCAUUAUCUGAAUGGAAAAGAAACAUGCAACUUUGCCAAGUAAACCAUUUUAACCUCACAGAAUUCAGCAUGUGCAAACACUCCAGUCUAUAGACCAGCCUGCAAUUCAGGCCAAUUUAUUAGAAGCCUCCAUGUGUGUCAAUUUGAGCUGUAAUUCUAAGCCAGUCAUUCCCAUUUUAUAACUUACUUGGUUUAGUUAGCCAAAGAAAAUAUGAUAUGUAAGAUGCAUUUACCUGGCAUAUAAGCAUUUAUUGUUUCUGUUGUGGCACUGAACAUAAUUCUGAUUUGAAAUGCUGCUGUGCCUAAAUUUAGCUUUUCUGUCUUUUUGAGGGCUCAAAAACAAAGUUAAAGUAUUUCUGUUAGGGAUUUUAUCCACUAAGUUAAUCAGAUAUUCCAGUAAAUAAGUGGAAACCCUUAAAAUCUGAUGUUUACAUCCUCAGGCAAACUGCUGCAGCUCUGUUAGUAGCAUCCUUAUGUGGAUGUAGCAAAGUGCUUAUGUAGUUUCUGCUGUUUUGGCACAUGCAGUGUAUAUUUGAAUAGUUACUGUUGCACAUGCUUUUUAUGCUUUCAUACCAUAACGCCAUGAACUACAAAGACCAAGUUUAUUUUGUUUGACUGAGUUGGUUGCCAAAAUCUGUUUUCAGUUCUGUGACGAGACAAGUAUGAUCCUUAAAUGCUGAUUACAACUACAAAGUGUUGUCAUUUGGUUGUUGCUGUUUUGUGCCAUCAGUCAGUAAUGUUUGUAGAUUCAUUGUUGUCAAACUAUGUCAGUUAUUUGUCAUUGUGUGCAAGUGAGCAAAAAUUUUAUCUUGUAUUUCUGCAGAAAAAGACUCACACAGCUCAGAAUAAGAUAUUUUUUUAUAUCAUGUAACAUAAGCCUUAGCUUUGGAUUCUCCUUCUUUUAAUUUCUUACUUGUAUCAGUAUUAAACAUGCUUUUGCUGUAGAAGCCAUAUUUAGCUAUAGAUGCCCUUAUUGUAAAGAGUCUUGCGUUAAUUUUGGCUUAUAAAUUGGCGCUUUACAAAUACUGAUUGAUUGCUUUACAGUAUAUUAAUAAUAUAAAAACACAUGCAUAUUUGAUGGAAAAUGUAUUUUAUCUUGUGAUUUUAUUGUUUUUAUGUGGCGCAGUGAGAGCUGAAGAUCAUGUUUUCUGUUGUGCUCCGUGAUCGAACACUGUGGGUCAUGAUGUGCCUUAGUGUUAAAAAGUGUAUCAAGCCUGAUAAUAAAGCCGC